AUGCAUAAUUUGAACAAUGGGGUUGUCCCAUUCAGCACAGUUCAACCAAGACCUCCACCCAAUUUACCUCCUUUGCAAGAUCAUCAGGGAUUUAUUGUUCCAAAUUUCGUUCGAAUUCGUCCGCGGCCGUCUACACAAGAUGCAACAGUUGCCACAAGCAGCGGAAAUAUGAGAAUUGUUGAAACCGAUCCAUCUACGUUGCCGGAAGUUUCAGUUCCAGAAAACUGCACGCUAUUCACAGUUGUCAAGGAGAUUGAGGGAAUUGAGCGGACAUUUUUGAUUCCGCUAACCAACGAUUCUUCAAUUCAAGAUCUUAUGCAAACUCUACCGGAGGGGUUUGAUGAAAUGGCAGUGAAUGCGAUUCGAGAAGCUGAAGCAGCUGCAGCGAGCUCUGAUGAGCCUACUGUAGCCAAUCCCAUUGAUACGGUUUCCAAUGAUUCGGAACUGAUUGAGGAUGGUCCUGCAGACGACUCCGAUGUGGUGUACGUGAACCCACGGCAAUACUACCGAAUAGUUCAAAGACGCAGAGCCAAAGAGAAAUUGAUAAGAGAAGGAAGGUUGCCGCCGAACAGACAGAAAUAUCUUCAUGAGUCGCGUCACAUUCAUGCAACGAAUCGAAAUCGAGGAGUCAAUGGACGUUUCCACAAGAAAAAUAAAGAAAAAUUGCUUCCUGGAUUAUUACGACCUGAUCCGCCAGGUCAUGAAUCGUAA